CUCGACAUAGCUUCUCGAGCUUCGACGGAAAUUUCGUCGCGGGGGCCCGAGCGUGCACCCUUCGAGCUAAACCCUCGGUCGAGCUGCGAAAUAUACGACCUGCUGCACCCUCGUGGAAGGUGCAACGACGAGAAGGUCAUCCUUGCGGAUACCGAAACGAGACGAGUGCGCGAAUCAAGAGAGUUCGACGGUGUCGAAGUGAAGUGCUAUUUCGAGGUGCCGGGCGCUUGCGCAAGGGUCGUCGGGCGAGCGGUCUGGGUGCCCUCCCCGUCAGCAGUGGGUGAUCGUCGGUGCUCCACGACGGAUUAACACGCCGACGUCGACGUCACCAUCGUCGCCGCCGUCCUCGUCCUCGUCGUCGUUGACGUCCUCCGUCCUCGUCCUCGUCGUCCCGGCUGACGAGACGAAGAGGUCGGGAGCCUGCGAUAGCGACGGGAACAUGCCGACCACGCGAGACUGUGCAUGACUACAUCCGCGCUACCGCCUCUCAGCAUCGAUAAGGGUGCCUCGGACACGAAGUGACACGCGAGAUAGGCGCACACUCGCGUAGACGCGUGCACACGUACGAGCGCGCGUGAAAGUGACGCGGACGGAGAAGAAAGCGUGCCGAAGGGAUGGCCGACAGCGAGGGUGGCUCCGAGCAGGACGACGUAUCAUUCCUCCGCACGGAGGAUAUGGUAUGUCUGUCUUGCACCGCGACAGGAGAGAGGGUCUGCUUGGCAGCCGAGGGUUUCGGCAAUCGACACUGCUUCCUCGAGAAUAUCGCGGACAAGAACAUACCGCCGGACCUGUCGCAAUGCGUGUUCGUGAUAGAGCAGGCUCUCUCGGUGAGAGCGCUGCAGGAAUUGGUCACCGCUGCCGGUUCCGAGACGGGAAAGGGCACCGGGUCAGGGCACAGGACCUUAUUAUACGGUAAUGCCAUAUUGCUGCGACAUCUCAAUAGCGACAUGUACCUCGCGUGUCUCUCCACGAGUUCGUCGAACGAUAAGCUUGCCUUCGACGUCGGUCUGCAGCAACAUUCUCAAGGUGAGGCGUGCUGGUGGACCGUACAUCCCGCUUCCAAGCAGAGGUCCGAGGGUGAGAAAGUGCGUGUGGGUGACGAUCUUAUCCUGGUGUCCGUCGCGACCGAACGAUACUUGCACACCACGAAGGAAAACGAUCUGUCGGUGGUCAAUGCGUCCUUCCACGUGACUCACUGGUCGGUGCAGCCUUAUGGCACAGGCAUCAGCAGGAUGAAGUACGUCGGUUACGUCUUCGGUGGCGACGUGUUGAGGUUCUUCCACGGUGGCGAUGAGUGCUUGACAAUACCGUCGACUUGGAGUCCAGCACCCAGUCAAAACCUUGUAAUCUACGAAGGCGGCAGCGUGAUGAGUCAAGCCAGGUCGCUGUGGAGAUUAGAGCUCGCCAGGACGAAGUGGGCGGGUGGUUUCAUCAACUGGCUGCAUCCUAUGAGGAUCAGGCAUCUGACAACCGGACGUUAUCUCGGUGUGAAGGAGAACAACGAGCUCUAUCUGGUCGAUAGGAAUGACGCGACGAUCGAGACCUCGACGUUCUGGCUGCGGCAGGAGAAGGACGACCAGAAGAUCAUCCUCGAGGACAAGGACCUGGAGGUGAUCGGCUUGCCGAUCAUCAAAUACGGUGACUCCACUGUCAUUAUGCAACACGCCACCACGUGUCUCUGGGUAUCUUACAAGUCGUACGAAACGAAAAAGAAGGGCGUCGGAAAGGUCGAGGAGAAGCAGGCGGUGCUCCACGAAGAAGGUAAGAUGGACGACGGAUUGGACUUCUCCAGAUCUCAAGAAGAGGAAUCCCGCACCGCUCGUGUCAUUAGAAAGUGCAGCAGCUUGUUCACGCAAUUCAUCACAGGCCUAGAAACAUUGCAAGUGAACAGAAGAGCGUCCAUGUUUUUUCAAAACGUGAACCUCAACGAAAUGGUGAUGUGCCUGGAGGACCUGAUCAAUUACUUUGCUCAACCCGAAGACGACAUGGAACACGAGGAGAAGCAGAAUAAGUUCCGAGCUCUGAGAAAUCGUCAGGAUCUGUUUCAAGAGGAGGGCAUACUGAAUCUCAUUCUCGAGGCUAUCGAUAAGAUCAAUGUGAUCACCUCGCAAGGAUUCCUCGUCGCUCUUUCCGGCGACGAGAGUGGCCAGGCUUGGGAUCAGAUAUCCGGAUACCUGUACCAAUUGUUAGCGGCCAUUAUCAAGGGAAAUCACACCAACUGCGCUCAGUUUGCCAACAGUAAUCGUCUGAAUUGGCUGUUCAGCCGGCUGGGCUCGCAGGCUUCCGGCGAAGGUACGGGAAUGUUGGAUGUGCUUCACUGCGUGCUGAUCGACUCGCCGGAAGCUUUGAACAUGAUGAGGGAUGAGCACAUAAAGGUGAUCAUUUCUCUACUGGAGAAACACGGCAGGGAUCCGAAGGUCCUGGAUGUUUUGUGCUCCCUCUGCGUCGGUAACGGCGUCGCGGUACGCUCCUCGCAGAAUAAUAUUUGCGACUUUUUGCUGCCCGGAAAGAAUCUACUCCUCCAGACGCAACUGGUGGACCACGUGGCGAGCGUCAGACCGAAUAUAUUCGUCGGCAGGGUGGAGGGUUCCGCUCUGUACCAGAAGUGGUAUUUCGAGGUGACCGUCGAUCAUAUCGAACAAACGACCCACAUGAUGCCGCACUUGAGAAUCGGCUGGGCGAAUACCGCUGGCUACAUGCCGUAUCCCGGCGGUGGUGAGAAAUGGGGUGGAAACGGCGUCGGCGACGACUUGUACUCGUUCGGGUUCGACGGUGCUUACUUGUGGACCGGCGGCAGGAAGACCCAGGUGGUGCAAAACGCUACCGAACCCUACAUCAGGAAGAGCGACGUGAUCGGCUGCUCCUUGGAUCUCACAGUGCCGGUGAUAAUGUUCACCUUUAACGGCACUCACAUCAUGGGCUCCUUUCGUAACUUCAAUCUGGACGGCAUGUUCUUCCCUGCCAUCAGUUGCUCCUCCAAGCUCUCCUGUAGAUUUCUGCUGGGUGGUGAUCACGGUCGGCUAAAGUACCAGCCGCCUGAGGAAUUUUCGCCGCUGGUGGAGAGCUUGCUGCCGCAGCAGAUCCUAUCGCUAGACCCGUGCUUCUACUUCGGCAACAUGAACAAGGUGGUCCUGGCCGGCCCUUGGCUCGUCGAAGACGACACCGCCUUCGUUCCAGCUCCGGUCGACACCUCGAUGGUCAACCUGCCGGCCUACGUCGAGCAGAUCAGGGACAAGCUGGCGGAGAACAUCCAUGAGAUGUGGGCGAUGAACAAAAUCGAGGCUGGUUGGAUCUUCGGCGAGGUCCGGGACGACCUCAGGAAGAUACAUCCCUGCAUAGUACAAUUCGAGAGGCUGCCAGCUGCGGAAAAGCGCUACGACACUCAGUUGGCGGUCCAGACGCUGAAGACGAUCUUGGCUUUAGGCUAUUACAUCACCAUGGACAAACCACCGUCCAGAAUAAAGACCUUGAGGUUACCGAAUGAGCCGUUCCUGCAGAGCAGCGGCUACAAACCGGCGCCGCUCGAUCUGUCGGCGAUCAUGCUGACACCCAAAAUGGAGGAGCUCGUCGAUCAGCUCGCUGAGAAUACACACAAUCUGUGGGCAAAGGAGAGGAUCAGCCAAGGCUGGACAUACGGACUGAACGAGGACUCGGAGAUGAGGAGGAGUCCCCACUUGGUGCCCUAUCCGAAAGUCGACGAAGCUAUCAAGAAGGCUAAUCGUGACACGGCCAGUGAGACCGUGAGAACAUUGUUGGUCUAUGGAUACAUGCUCGAUCCGCCUACUGGAGAACAGCACGAGGCGUUGCUUUUGGAGGCCAGCAGGUUACGACAAUUAUCCUUCAGGACUUACAGGGUCGAGAAGCAUUACGCGGUCAGCAGCGGGAAAUGGUAUUUCGAGUUCGAGGUUCUAACAGCCGGACCGAUGCGCGUUGGUUGGGCGAAAGCCGACUGCAUGCCGGGCAGUAUGUUGGGCAGCGACGAAAGUACCUGGGCUUUCGACGGUUACAACGUGACCAAAGUGCACGCUGGCACCCACGAGUCAUUUGGUCACAAAUAUCAAGUGGGCGACAUAGUUGGAUGUUUCAUUGACGUGGCAGACCGAACGAUCAGCUUCUCCUUGAAUGGAGAAUUGCUGAUGGACGCACUCGGCGGCGAAACUUCUUUCGCCGACGUGCAAGGCGACUGUUUCGUACCAGCGUUCACUCUCGGCGUCGGCCAGAAGGCUAAACUAACGUUCGGCCAAGAUGUGAACACUCUCAAGUUCUUCACCACUUGCGGCUUGCAAGAGGGCUACGAACCGUUCUGCGUCAACAUGAAUCGCCCAGUCACGUAUUGGUACACGAAAGAUCAGCCUAUUUUCGAGAACACCGACGACAUGGCCGAUACGCGAAUCGACGUGGCUAGGAUACCAGCAGGCUCCGACACCCCGCCGUGCCUGAAGAUCUCUCACAACACGUUCGAGACUAUGGAGAAGGCCAACUGGGAGUUCCUCAGGUUAUCGUUGCCUGUGAUUUGUCAGUCCAGCUUUAUAACGGAAGGUGAAAAACUGCGCAGAUGGCAAGAAAUUAAGAUGCGACAGAACAGACUUCUAGCUGAGCAAGUUGAGCAAGCGCAACAGACCGCGCCCUCGGCUCACCUGGAGCAAAUCAUGAAGUCUGGGUUCAGUAUGAGCGAUAUCAAAGGAUUGCAAAGGAAUUACUCCGAAGAUGCGGUCGAGGCGGACGAGAUGCUGAAGGAGUCGCCGAUUCCUAUGCAGAGAGGCAAGCCCUCCAGGCCGCCUAGGAAGAACUCCCUUUACGGGUCACGCACUUUGGACAACGCAGUCAGCGAAGCCGAGAUGAAUGGAUACGGCGAGAUGAAUGGUGACAUAAAAGACGACAAGAAGAAACGCGGCCGCUCACCUUUUCGAUUCUUCUCGCGUAAGGCCAAGUCGCCGGAUGCAAAAUCCAAGACGCCCGAGCCGCAGGUCCGCUCGGAUAUCUCGGACAAGAGUACGAGGACAGUCGGGAGCAAAAGUGCCAAACCUCCUCAAGUUUGUGUCUCGACCGUGAGUGUUUCGCAGCGUCAUAGAUAUGUUCGCUAUGAGAAUACGAGGGAAAACGCGACAACAUGACAUAACAUUCCGUCGUAGACGGACCUGAAAGUCGUGCCGCCCCAAAUCCCAGAGCGCAAUGUUCCCAAGGCGAUGUCAGUGUUGACCGGUACUGGCGUCGAAGCGAUCGGCAACGAAAUCUUCGACGGUGAGUGUAUGAAGCUGAUGAACGAGUACUUCUACGGCGUCAGGAUAUUCCCUGGACAAGACCCGACUCACGUCUACGUCGGCUGGGUCACUUCGCAAUACCAUCUACACACCAAGGACUUCAAUCUGUCACGCGUGAGGAAAGCCUCAGUCGCUAUCAUAGACGAGUACGAGCGUCUCGUGGAGCAAGUCGAUCGACAGAGUUGCUACAUGGUCCGAGCGGACGAACUGUACAACGAAGUGACCCAAGACGCGUCUGGCAAGGGUGCGUCUCAGGGGAUGUUCGUCGGAUGCUUCGUCGAUAUCGCGACAGGCUGGGUGUCCUUCACCUGCGAAGGGAAGGAAACGAGCCACAAGUUCAAGAUGGAGCCGGACACGAAACUGUUCCCGGCGAUCUUCGUCGAGGCUACCAGCAAGGAGAUCCUGCAGAUCGAGCUCGGCAGAACUUCGACAACGCUCCCGCUGUCGGCAGCCGUGCUUCAGAAUUCCGAUCGACACGUGAUACCCCAGUUCCCACCCAGAUUGAAGGUGCAAUGCCUGAAACCGCACCAAUGGGCCAGAGUGCCCAAUCAGUCCCUUCAAGUGCACGCGUUGAAGCUGUCCGACAUCAGAGGCUGGUCGAUGUUAUGCGAGGACGCUAUCUCGAUGUUGGCUCUUCAUAUACCCGAGGAAGACAGGUGCAUCGACAUCCUGGAGCUCAUUGAAAUGGACAAAUUGCUCAGUUUCCACGCGCACACGCUUACGUUGUACGCAGCCCUGUGCUAUCAAUCGAAUUACCGAGCGGCGCACGCUUUGUGCCAACACGUUGAUCAGAAACAAUUGUUGUACGCGAUACGAGCCGAAUACAUGUCCGGGCCCCUGCGACAAGGAUUUUACGAUUUACUCAUCGCUCUACAUCUCGAAUCACACGCAACUACGAUGGAAGUGUGCAAAAACGAAUACAUAAUACCGCUCGGUCAAGAAUUAAAGGAUUUGUACGAGGAUCCCGAGAUGAAACACAGUCUCAGGUACUUGAAGACCGAAUCAAUUCGGCCGCAGAUGAAGAUGACCGAGAUCAGGGAUGUUCCUUCCAGUGAUCAGGCGAUCGACAACAUACGCAAUCUGUACAGCCCGUACUUCCCGCUCGACGUUGUGCGGGAUUACGUGAUGAUGGCGCUCAACGAAGCUGUCGAAGUGAAUCAGGUGCACAAUCGAGAUCCGAUCGGAGGCAGCAACGAGAAUCUCUUCCUACCUCUUCUGAAGCUGGUGGAUAGAUUGCUCUUAGUAGGUUUGCUGACGAACGAUGACGUGUUCAAACUGCUCAUCAUGAUUAAUCCCGAGACUUGGGAUCCGACUUUCGACAAAGAAGGGAAGGACGAGCAUAAGAAAGGCUUGCUGCACAUGAAAAUGGCCGAGGGCGCCAAGUUACAGAUGUGCUACCUGCUUCAUCACCUGAACGACAUCCAGCUGCGCCAUCGUGUCGAGUCCAUCAUCGCCUUCAGCCACGAUUUCGUCGGAGAGUUGCAAGCCGAUCAAUUGCGACGUUACAUUGAGAUCAAGCAGUCGGACUUACCGUCUGCCGUUGCCGCCAAGAAGACCCGAGAAUUCCGAUGUCCACCGCGCGAACAGAUGAACGCCAUUUUGAGUUUCAAGAACUUGGACUCCGAGGAAGAUCCGGAGAACUGCCCCUGCGGCGAGGAUCUGAUAGUGAAGAUGAACGAGUUCCACGGCGACCUGAUGUCCUACGUGUCCUUGCACGCUCUUCAGGAAGCGGCCGCCGCCAAUGAGUCGAACGACGAUUCUCAGAAGCCGGGAGCUAUGAAACGCCUCCUUAAUUUCAUCAACGCAGUUAAAGAGCUCGAGGAGGAAGUAAAACCUGACGCGGAGCCUGAGAAAAAGACUCCUGAAGAGGUGUUCCGCAAGGUGCUGAUAGCGACCAUCGUAAAAUGGGCCGAAGAGUCGCAGAUUGAGACACCGAAACUCGUACGAGAAAUGUUCAGCUUGCUGGUCAGGCAAUACGACACCGUGGGUGAGUUGAUCCGGGCCUUGGAGAAGACCUACGUUGUCAACAACAAGACCAAAGACGACGUCGCAUUGAUGUGGGUCGGCCUCAGCCAGAUUCGCGCCUUGCUGCCGGUGCAAAUGUCGCAGGAGGAGGAGGAGUUGGUCCGCGAGAGAUUGUGGAAGUUGGUGAACAACCACACCUUCUUCCAGCACCCCGAUCUCAUCCGAGUACUGAGGAUUCACGAGAACGUGAUGGCGAUCAUGAUGAACACCCUGGGAAGACGCGCCCAGGCGCAGUCCGACGCUCAGACUCAGACACAAGCGACCGAGGGCGAGCCAGCGUCGAAGGAGAAGGACACGUCUCACGAGAUGGUGGUGGCAUGCUGCAGAUUCCUGUGUUACUUCUGUCGCACAUCCAGGCAGAAUCAGAAGGCCAUGUUCGACCACUUCGACUUCUUGCUGGAGAACAGCAACAUCCUGUUGGCUAGGCCGUCGUUGCGAGGUUCGACGCCGUUGGACGUGGCUUACUCUUCGCUGAUGGAGAAUACCGAGUUAGCGUUGGCCUUGAGGGAACACUACCUGGAGAAGAUUGCCAUUUAUUUGUCACGUUGCGGCCUGCAGUCGAAUUCGGAGCUGACGGAGAAGGGCUACCCUGAUUUGGGCUGGGAUCCUGUGGAGGGUGAACGUUACCUCGAUUUCUUGAGGUUCUGCGUGUGGGUCAAUGGUGAGAGCGUGGAAGAGAAUGCCAACUUGGUGAUUCGUUUGCUAAUCAGAAGACCAGAAUGUCUGGGUCCUGCUCUUCGAGGCGAAGGUGAGGGUCUGUUGAGGGCCAUCAUGGAGGCCAACAAGAUGUCCGAGCGCAUUGCUGAUAGGCGAAAAGUGCAAGACGAGCCCGAGGGCACGGCUAUGGUGAUGCAGUUCGAGCACCCGCUUCCCGAAUCAGACGACGAUGAGGACUACAUCGACACGGGCGCAGCGAUCCUGAACUUUUAUUGCACCCUCGUCGAUUUAUUAGGUCGCUGCGCUCCAGAUUCUUCUGUCAUAGAACAAGGGAAGAACGAAUCUCUGCGAGCUCGGGCGAUCUUGAGAUCGCUGGUGCCUCUGGACGAUCUUCAGGGUGUGUUGUCCUUGCGAUUCACCCUGCUCAACCCAGCCGCAGGCGAGGAACGACCGAAAAGCGACAUGCCAUCGGGCUUGAUACCGGGACACAAGCAAAGCAUCGUGCUGUUUCUCGAACGCGUUUACGGCAUCGAAACGCAGGAAUUAUUCUACAAGAUAUUGGAGGAGGCCUUCCUGCCGGAUUUACGCGCUGCCACGAUGCUCGAUAGAAACGAUGGUUACGAAUCCGACAUGGCGCUUGCUAUGAACCGCUACAUAGGGAACAGCAUUUUGCCGUUACUGAUCAAGCACUCGAAGUUUUACAACGAAGCCGACAAUUACGCGAGUUUACUCGACGCUACGUUGCACACGGUCUAUCGGCUCAGUAAGAACCGGAUGCUGACGAAAGGACAGCGAGAGGCCGUUUCGGAUUUUCUCGUUGCAUUGACUAGCCAGAUGCAGCCGAGCAUGUUGCUGAAGUUGUUGCGCAAGUUGACUGUUGACGUGUCGAAAUUGUCAGAAUAUACCACAGUAGCACUCAGACUGCUGACGCUGCAUUACGAACGUUGCGCAAAGUACUACGGCUCCACCGGCGGUCAAGGCGCGUACGGGGCGUCGAGCGAUGAGGAGAAACGCCUCACAAUGGUCCUCUUCAGCAAUAUAUUCGACUCCUUGUCCAAGAUGGACUACGAUCCGGAAUUGUUCGGCAAAGCGCUGCCUUGCCUGACGGCUAUCGGCUGCGCCUUACCGCCGGAUUAUUCCCUGUCGAAGAACUACGACGACGAGUGGUACGGCAGCAAGUCGGCCUCGACUCAAUCACCCGACGGCCCUUACAACCCGCAGCCAAUCAACACCUCCAGCGUGGUGCUGAACAACGAUCUUAAUCAGAUAGUACAAAAGUUCUCGGAGCAUUAUCACGACGCUUGGGCCAGCCGGAAACUGGAGAACGGCUGGACCUACGGCGACCAGUGGUCGGACACGAAUAAGACUCACCCGCGAUUGAAACCGUACAACAUGCUGAACGACUACGAGCGAGAACGAUACAAAGAGCCUGUCAGAGAGAGCUUGAAGGCUCUAUUGGCGAUCGGUUGGAGCGUGGAGCACGCAGAGGUCGACAUGCCGUCGACCAAUCGUAGUUCCAUGCGAAGGUCUUCCAAGAGUCAAGGCGACUCGGCAAAUCCAUUUAAUUACAAUCCUCACCCGGUGGACAUGACGAAUCUGACGCUGAGCAGAGAGAUGCAGAACAUGGCCGAGAGGUUGGCAGAUAACGCACACGACAUCUGGGCCAAGAAGAAGAAGGAAGAACUCAUUACUUGCGGAGGCGGCAUUCAUCCUCAGCUAGUACCGUACGACCUGCUGACCGACAAGGAGAAGAGGAAGGAUCGCGAACGGUCGCAGGAGUUCCUCAAAUACCUGCAAUAUCAGGGCUACAAGCUUCACAAGCCUAAUCGCGGCGGGACCGAGACCGAAGUGGCCGGUGCGGUCGCUUCGGUGGAGCUGAGAUUCGCUUACUCCUUGUUGGAGAAGCUGAUAGCGUAUCUGGAUAAGGCGACGAUCAACAUGAAGCUGCUGAAGCCCUCCGACACGUUCAGCCGCAGGAACAGCUUCAAGACCUCCACCAGGGACAUCAAGUUCUUCAGCAAGGUAGUGCUGCCGUUGAUGGAGAAGUACUUCAGCACACAUAGGAAUUACUUCAUCGCCGUCGCCACCGCCACGAACAACAUCGGUGCUGCGUCCUUGAAGGAGAAGGAGAUGGUAGCCGCGUUGUUCUGCAAGCUGGCGAGCUUGCUGAGAUCGAGACUCGCUGCCUUCGGCGCGGACGUGAGGAUAACGGUGCGCUGUCUACAAGUACUCGUGAAGGGCAUCGACGCUAAGAGUCUCGUGAAGAAUUGCCCAGAGUUCAUCAGGACGUCCAUGUUGACCUUCUUCAACAACACUGCCGACGAUCUGGGCCAUACGAUCUUGAAUCUUCAAGAGGGCAAGUACAGCCACCUCAGAGGCACUCACUUGAAGACCUCCACGUCGUUGUCGUACGUCAACAGCGUGGUUCUGCCAGUGCUUACUGCGAUGUUCGAUCAUCUUGCCGCGUGCGAGUACGGCAGCGACUUGUUACUUGACGAAAUUCAAGUAGCAUCAUACAAAAUGCUGGCGUCUCUUUACACUCUCGGAGUGGACGCUAGCUUGACGCACGAUCGGAAGUACCUGAAGACAGAGAUCGAGCGACAUAAACCUAACUUGGGCUCUUGUUUGGGAGCUUUCUCGAGCUGCUUCCCGGUGGCCUUUCUAGAACCGCACUUGAACAAGCACAAUCAAUAUUCCCUGCUCAAUCGAAUCGCGGAUCAUUCGUUGGAAGCUCAAGACAUUAUGUCGAGGAUGGAGUCGAGUAUGCCUACGUUGGAGACCAUCCUUACCGAAGUCGAUCAGUUCGUCGAGUCCGAAAAGACCUACAACGACGCUCCUCACGUUGUCGAUGUGAUCCUUCCAUUACUCUGCUCGUACCUGCCCUUCUGGUGGGUGCAAGGACCCGACAACGUAAACCCGACCGAAGGUACCUAUGUCAGCAUGGUCACCAGCGACCACAUGAAUCAGUUGCUGAAGAACGUGCUGAAAUUGAUCAAGAAGAACAUCGGUAAUGAGAACGCACCGUGGAUGACGCGCAUCGCUGCCUACACGCAGCAGAUCAUCAUCAACUCGUCUGAAGAACUGCUGAAGGAUCCGUUCUUGCCUCUGGCGGAACGCGUGAGGAAGCGAACGGACACCAUGUUCCACAAGGAAGAAUCCCUCCGAGGCUUCAUCAAGUCCUCGACCGACGAUACCUCGCAAGUUGAGGCGCAAAUACAGGAGGAUUGGCAGUUACUGGUCCGCGAUAUCUAUUCGUUCUACCCGUUACUGAUCAAGUACGUCGAUCUGCAGAGGAAUCAUUGGCUGAGGAACAACAUUUCCGAAGCCGAGGAUCUGUACAAUCACGUGGCGGCUAUAUUCAACAUCUGGUCCAAGUCGCAGUACUUCUUGCGCGAGGAGCAGAACUUCAUAUCCGCGAACGAGAUCGACAACAUGGUGCUCAUCAUGCCGACUGCAACCAGAAGAUCUACAGUAUCUGACAGCUCCGCGCCUUCCGGAGGAGGCAAGAAAAAGAAGAAGCACCGUGACAAGAAAAGAGACAAGGACAAGGAGGUGCAAGCAUCCCUCAUGGUUGCUUGCUUGAAGCGGUUGCUGCCCGUCGGCUUGAAUCUCUUCGCCGGUCGCGAGCAGGAAUUGGUGCAGCAUUGCAAAGACAGGUUCCUGAAGAAGAUGCCGGAAUACGAGAUCGCCGAAUUUGCCAAGACCCAGCUGACGUUGCCCGACAAAAUCGAUCCUGCCGACGAAAUGUCCUGGCAGCAUUAUCUGUACUCCAAAUUGGGCCAGAAGAAGGACGUGAUCGAGCCUGUGAAGGCUCAACAGCUGGAGGACGUCGUCGCUAGGAUCACCGACAUGGCCAAAGUGUUGUACGGUUUACACAUGAUCGAUCAUCCGCAACAGCAGAGCAAGAGUCAGUAUCGAUCAGUGGUGUCGAUUCAACGUAAACGAGCGGUAAUCGCUUGCUUCCGCCAAAUUUCCCUACAUUCCUUGCCCAGGCAUCGAGCUAUCAACAUAUUCGCGCGGACGUACUACGAGCUGUGGUUACAGGACGAGAACGUGGGUCAAGAGGUCAUGAUCGAGGACCUCACGCAAUCGUUCGAGGACGCUGAGCUGAAAAAGAUGGACAAGGACGAGGACGAGAGCAAGCCUGACCCGUUGACACAGUUGGUCACGACCUUCUGCCGCGGCGCCAUGACCGAACGGUCGGGCGCUCUUCAAGAGGACCCGCUCUACAUGAGUUACGCACAGAUCAUCUCUAAAUCCUGCGGCGAGGAGGAAGAGGAGGGUGAAGAAGAGGGAGGAGGCGAGGAAGAGGGUGGAGCUUCGAUCCAUGAGCAAGAAAUGGAAAAGCAGAAGCUUCUGUUUCACCAAGCUCGCCUGGCGAAUCGCGGCGUCGCGGAGAUGGUCCUGUUGCACAUAUCGGCCUGCAAGGGUGUCCCCAGCGACAUGGUGAUGAAGACCUUGGAGCUCGGUAUCUCAAUCCUGCGCGGCGGCAACAUCGAGAUCCAGCGGGGUAUGCUGAACCACCUGAAGGAGAAAAAAGACGUCGGUUUCUUCACGUCCAUCGCCGGCCUGAUGAACUCCUGCAGCGUGUUGGAUUUGGACGCUUUCGAGAGAAACACGAAGGCCGAAGGUCUAGGAGUAGGCUCGGAGGGCGCAGCCGGCGAGAAGAACAUGCACGAUGCUGAAUUCACCUGCGCCCUGUUCCGCUUCAUCCAACUCACCUGCGAGGGUCACAAUCUCGAUUGGCAGAAUUACCUGAGGACGCAGGCCGGUAACACGACGACGGUGAACGUGGUCAUCUGUACCGUCGAUUACCUGCUGCGACUUCAGGAGUCCAUCAUGGACUUUUAUUGGCAUUACUCGAGCAAGGAGCUCAUUGAUCCCGCCGGCAAGGCGAACUUCUUCAAGGCCAUCGGUGUCGCCAGUCAAGUGUUCAACACCCUGACUGAAGUCAUCCAAGGUCCAUGCGCGCAAAAUCAACAGGCUCUGGCGCAUUCGAGAUUGUGGGACGCGGUCGGUGGUUUUCUCUUCUUGUUCUCGCACAUGCAGGACAAACUGUCGAAGCACUCGAGUCAAGUGGAUCUUCUGAAGGAACUACUGAACUUGCAGAAAGAUAUGAUUACCAUGAUGCUUUCCAUGCUUGAAGGUAACGUCGUGAACGGGACGAUUGGAAAGCAGAUGGUGGACACCCUGGUCGAGUCGGCUAGCAACGUGGAACUGAUCUUAAAAUACUUUGACAUGUUCCUGAAGUUGAAGGACCUCGUAUCGUCGCCAAGUUUCUUGGAAGUCGACCUUAACAACGACGGUUGGGUGUAUCCCAAGGAUUUCAAGGAGAAGAUGGAGCAGCAGAAGAGUUACACCGACGACGAAAUUGAAUUUCUCCUGGCUUGCUGCGAGACGAAUCACGAUGGCAAGAUCGAUUACAUCGCUUUCAUGGAUCGCUUCCACGAGCCGGCCAAGGAGAUCGGUUUCAACCUCGCCGUGUUGCUCACCAAUCUCUCCGAGCACAUGCCUAACGAGCCGAGAUUAGCCAGGUUCCUCGAGACAGCCGGUUCCGUCCUUAAUUACUUCGAGCCAUUCUUGGGCAGGAUCGAGAUCCUCGGCGGCAACAAGAAAAUCGAGCGCGUGUACUUCGAGAUCAAGGAGUCGAACAUCGAGCAAUGGGAGAAGCCUCAAAUCAAGGAGUCGAAGAAAACCUACUUCUACAACACCGUGGUCGAGGCUGGUGAGAAAGAGAAGCUCGAGACCUUCAUCAACUUCUGCGAGGACGCCAUUUUUGAGAUGCAACACGCGAGCGCGUUGAUGACCGUCGAAGAAAGCGGUGGAAUCGGCAAGGCCAGGGAGUCCUCGUAUACUUACAUGACCGACGACGACGAGGAGAGGAACAAGGACCCGAUCAGGCGAAGUAUACAGGCUUUCAAGGACGGCAUUUACUAUUCCUUCUACAUGCUCUCACCGGCUAACAUCAAGAACAAGAUUGCCGAGAUGCAGCAGAUGACGAUCCCGGAGCUCUUUAUCGGUUUCUUCAAGAUGAUCUUCUACGCGUUCUAUUACUCCGGUUUUGGCGUUGGCCUCGUUAUCAAAUACUUCAUGAGACUUUUGUUAACGCUGAUGAGAGGACCACAUCUGGACGAGCCUGUCGUCGUCAAGGAGGAAGAGGAGAAACCUUCAAGACACUUACCCGCCUUGCCACCCACACCGGAUGAAUCGAAUCUACAGGUGCAAGCGUUCGGAAUGGAUAUAACGAAAGAAGAAGGAGGACAGAUAAAAUUGGCGCCUCACGAGUCGACCACUUCCACGCCACAAUCCAGUAUCGAAGAAACAGGCGAAAGCACUCCGGACGAAGGUACCGGAGAAGAGGGAGCGCGGGCUGAAGGGGGAGAGAGCGAAGCGCCUGUCACUUUGGCUGAUUUGCUUGGCGGAGAACAAGCCAGAGCUCAAGCUGCCGCAGCGGCCGAAGCAGCGGCGGCACAACAAGCGGCCAUGGCGGCGGUCGAAGCCGAGGCGAAGCAAGAAACUACCGCCGAACCCUCGUCAGGAUCGAGCGUCGACCUAUCCCAGUAUAGUCAUCGCAUAGUGUCCUUCUUGGCCAGGAAUUUCUACAACUUGAAAUACGUCGCGCUGAUUCUCGCCUUUUGCAUCAAUUUUAUGUUACUCUUCUACCAGGUCACAUCUUUGGCCGGCGACUCGGACGACGAAGGUAGUGGAUCAGCUAUGGCGGACUUGCUGGCGGAAAUGUCGGGCGAGGGUCCAUCGGGUUCAGGAGGUAGCGGGGUGGAAAUGGGCAGCGGUAGCGGUGAAAAUGGCUCGGAGGAGGAGGACGAUGAAGUGCCGGAAAUCGUGGAGGUGGCGGAGGAUUAUUAUUAUAUGGCUCACGUUAUGAGGCUACUGGCUGCCCUUCAUUCCAUCGUUUCGCUCGCCAUGCUGGUUGCAUAUUACCAUUUGAAGGUGCCGCUGGCUAUCUUCAAACGAGAGAAGGAGAUCGCACGACGAGUAGAAUUUGACGGACUGUACAUCGCCGAAACGCCGGAGGAAGACGACAUCAAGGCUCAUUGGGACAAAAUGGUGAUAUCGGCCAAGACUUUCCCCGUGAAUUACUGGGACAAGUUCGUCAAAAAGAAGGUUCGACAGAAGUACAGCGAGACGUACGAUUUCGAUUACAUCAGCAACCUGCUCGGCAUGGAGAAGACUUCCUUCAGUCAACAGGAGGAAGAAGGAUCCGGCUUGGUUCAUUUCAUUGUAAAUAUCGAUUGGAGAUACCAAAUUUGGAAGGCCGGUGUCACCAUCACAGAUAACGCAUUUUUAUACAGUUUGUGGUACUUCAUAUUCUCGAUCCUCGGCAACUACAACAACUUCUUUUUCGCCGCUCAUCUGCUGGACGUUGCGGUCGGUUUCAAAACCCUGAGGACGAUCUUGCAGUCGGUAACGCACAACGGGAAGCAGCUGGUCUUAACGGUGAUGCUGCUGACAAUCGUGGUGUAUAUCUACACAGUGAUAGCCUUCAACUUCUUUAGAAAGUUCUAUAUACAGGAAGAGGAUGACGAGACGGAUAAAAAGUGUCAUCAUAUGUUGACGUGCUUUGUUUUCCACCUGUACAAAGGCGUAAGGGCCGGCGGUGGCAUAGGUGACGAGAUUGGCGAACCUGAUGGCGACGAUUACGAGGUUUACCGUAUAAUGUUCGACAUUACGUUCUUCUUCUUCGUCAUCGUCAUUCUGUUAGCUAUAAUUCAAGGUUUGAUCAUCGACGCGUUCGGAGAGCUUCGAGACCAGCUCGAGAACGUGAAGACGAAUAUGGAGAGUAACUGCUUCAUAUGCGGCUUAGGGAAAGAAUAUUUCGACGCGGUGCCGCACGGAUUCGAUACUCACGUCCAACAGGAGCAUAAUCUAGCAAAUUACAUGUUCUUCCUCAUGCACCUGAUUAACAAACCGGACACUGAGUACACCGGUCAAGAGACCUACGUGUGGAAUAUGUACCAGCAGAGGUGUUGGGACUUCUUCCCGGUGGGCGAUUGCUUCCGCAAGCAGAACGAGACGGUGGAGGAGGAGGGCAAGAAGAAAUAAAGAAAUUAAUUGUAAUUCUCUGGUAAAUCAAGGCGACCAAUCGUUAGACCAAGCGAUCUACUCUUGGUAGGGUGCUCUCUUGCCUCCUCGAGCAGCGUCUUUGAUAAUCCUUAGCGUCAAUUUUUGCUCAUCGGACGGGAGCGCCGAGUCCGUUCAGAAUCAAAUUUUCACACAGGAACUCUACAUUUUACCUCACAUA